AUGUCUAAGCAACAAAAUCACAAAGCUCGUACAAUAGAAUAUUGGGCUGGAAAAAAACUUCAAAAUACAUCAUCGGAUCUUUUUCUUGAUCGACCUCGACCAGGAAAUACUCUUUUUUCAGGUCCAAAUGCUCUAUGUAUUCAACAAUAUCCUAUUCGAGAUUUAAUUGGAGAUAUUGGAGAAGGACAAGCAUCAACACUUCGUUCACUUGAUCUUGGAUAUUUGACAAGAGGAUAUACAAUUGAUGCACCACUUCGUCGUUGUGCAUAUCCUGGUGAAAUUGGUUGGACAGUAACAUAUUUUCAUCGAUCUUUAAAACCAACUAAAUCAAAUAUAAUAUGGAAGAAUUAA